AUGUCAUCCGGCCCUUGCACAUAUUGUCCGCCUUCCAAACCCUCCGUAAAGUCAUGGCAAACACGUACUCGAGCUCCCGAAACCUUUACCCUAUUCCCGAAACUUGCCCCCGAAAUACGAAUUAGGAUUUGGCGACUUGCCGCCUCCGAACCACGAGAGAUCAAGCUCUAUGUCCUGUCUCCAGAAUGGAUGGAUACCAAAAUGAAAGAGCAGACAAGAGCUCCAGCUAUUAUGCACAUAUGUCGCGAAUCACGAAUGAUGCUGAUUCUUGGUUUGUCUAGAGAGGAGGGAAAACGCUUCUACACUGUUUGCGUCGAAAAAGCAUCACUUUUGCACCGUCUCGGGUGGUCACCAACAAAUCCUGAGACAAUUUCUGGGGCAAAGAGCAUCGUUUGGGUCAAUUUUGGCAUCGAUCGCUUUGUCUAUGAGUCUGGUUACAACACUUCUUUCAGACGAUACUACGAAGUAGGCUUCAAUUUUGAGAAGUUCGUGUUGCAGCAGAUCCGACACUUGGGGCUCGCAAAUACAAAGGUGUCAAACUUGGUGUGGGGCAUCAAUGAGCUGUACUAUGGGCGCGUGUUGUCUAUUAAAGGGUUGAAGAGCUUCAAGAUUAUUCAAAGGAUGUCAGGGAUUGAGCAUAACAAGGGUUGUCCACUACGCGAGCUGAUAAUGGACAAGAUUCGCAAUGAGGUUGCAGUCAACAAGAAAAGAUGGGGCUGGAAGGUGCCAGCAAAGAUUGAGUGGAGGUCAAGGGAGGCGAAGCAUUUGCCACGACGAUCGGAGAAUGCCUCUGUUGUGACAGCCGAUGAGGAAAUGAUCUGGCAGUUCGAGGAGACCAUUAUUCUGUGA